ACUACUAUUUGAACAACUUUUUUCCAUUCAACUUUUUCGACAAAAAAAAGAAAAAGAAAGAGGAAUUUAUUUAAUAUCUUAGUGAAAUUGAAGAAUUUGAGUUAUGGAGAAAUCAGCAGAAGAAGUACACCCUGUUAAGGCUUUUGGUUGGGCAGCUAGAGACACUUCUGGGACACUUUCUCCCUUUAAAUUCUCAAGAAGGGGAACUGGUGAUAAGGAUGUAAAAUUGAAGAUACUUUAUUGUGGUAUUUGUCAUUCUGAUCUUCAUCAAUUGAAGAAUGAAUGGGGAUUUUCUAAAUAUCCUAUGGUCCCUGGACAUGAAAUUGUGGGUGAAGUAACUGCGGUUGGUAGCAAGGUGGAGAAAUUCAAAGUUGGAGAGAAAGCUGGUGUGGGGUGUCUAGUUGGAUCAUGCCGAUCUUGCGAAAACUGCAACAACGAUAUUGAGAACUAUUGUUCCAAGGGAAUAGCCACCUACUGUGCAAUGAACCAUGAUGGAACACCAACGUAUGGAGGCUACUCGGAUAUAAUCGUUGUUGAUGAACAUUUCGUUGUUCUUAUCCCAGAAAACAUGCCCUUAGCUGCUGCAGCACCUCUGCUUUGUGCUGGAAUUACAACUUACAGCCCGUUGAGGUACUUUGGACUAGAUAAACCGGGCCUUCACAUUGGUGUAGUAGGUCUUGGUGGACUAGGUCAUGUUGGUGUUAAGUUUGCCAAGGCUUUAGGGCUAAAGGUGACAGUAAUUAGUACAUCUCAAAGUAAACAGAAGGAAGCCAUUGAACGGCUCGGUGCUGAUUCGUUUUUGAUUAGUACUGAUCCGGAUCAGCUGCAGGCUGCUAUGGGCACAAUGGACGGCAUUCUUGAUACAGUCGCUGCUACUCACCCUGUACUACCAUUGAUCGGGCUAUUGAAGACUAAUGGAAAGCUUAUCAUGCUCGGUGGAGUUGCAAAACCUCUCGAUCUACCCGUCUUUCCAUUGCUUAUGGGGAGGAAGCUUGUAGCUGGAAGUGGGAUCGGAGGAAUGAAAGAAACGCAAGAAAUGAUUGAUUUUGCUGCAAAACACAAUAUAACAGCAGACAUUGAAGUCAUUCCAAUGGAUUAUGUAAAUACUGCAAUGGAACGUCUCGCCAAAGCUGAUGUCAAGUAUCGUUUUGUCAUUGACGUUGCUAAGACCCUCAAAGCAGACGAGUAGAUGACUAAGAGUUCUUCUUCAUGUAAUUCUAGUAUUUUAUGAUGAUUUGGGUGUUAAACGAGUGAUUUUGAUUUCAUCUUGUGGAACAUUACUAAAGAAAUUGCAAUACAUAUAUAAUAAAUUUUGAA